AUGGGAGACUUGCCAUCGCCAAAACCCCACAAGACAUCAUGGCCGGAGCUGGUGGGCUCGCCGUAUUUCCGCGCGGGGCUCAUCAUCUGGUUCGAGAGGCGGGAUGUGACGGUCAUCUUCUUCACCGUCAGUGACACCCCACCCCGGGGCUUUGACCCCAAGCGUGUCGUCGUCUUCGUCGAUGCCAACCAGCGCGUCGCCUUUACCCCUAGGAUCGGCUAG